ACAUAUCACGUCAAACGUGAAGGGCAACAUGGCGGUUGUUAAUAGAAAUAAACUUUUGUUGUUUUCUGUUUUUUACAAAAUUAAUUCACCUCAUAAUGUUUGUGUACAAAAAGCGACAGAAAUACAGAGUGUGAGAACGACUGGCAGCGCGAGCGGAGAACCACAGCACACCGAAAACUACUGUUUACAACUAGUCAGGUCCAGAGACUAUGAAGGCUUCAUGUGCUCCCUGCUCCUGCCGAAGGAGGUGCGGCGCUCCUCUCUGGCUCUGAGAGCUUUCAACAUUGAGCUGGCACAGGUGAAGGACUCGGUUUCCCAGAGGACCAUUGGUCUGAUGCGGAUGGAGUUCUGGAAGACGGCCAUUGAGCAAAUCUUCAGAGACAAUCCGCCGAAGCAGCCGGUCAGCACUGAGCUGUGGAGGGCUGUGAGGAAACACCGCCUCACGAAGAGAUGGCUGCUGAGGAUCAUAACGGACAGAGAGAAGGAUCUGGAUGACAAAGCCUUCAGGAACCUUCAGGAACUGGAGAACUACGCAGAGAACACUCAUUCCUCCUUAAUGUACCUGCUGCUGGAGUGUUUAGGUGUGAAAGACGUACACGCCGACCACGCGGCUAGUCACAUCGGGAAAGCGCAGGGAAUCGUGACGUGCCUCAGAGCGACACCUUACCACUGUAGCCGACGUAAAGUCUACGUGCCCAUGGACCUCUGCAUGCUGCAUGGAGCUUCUCAAGAGGAUUUCAUCCGUGGCAGCCGGGAGCAGAAAGUUCGGGAUGUUGUUUACGACAUUGCGAGCCAAGCUCACGUACAUCUGCAGCAUGCUCGAUCAUUCAGCCACAGCAUCUCAGCAGCUGCAGUGCCGGCAUUCCUCCAAACGGUGGUGCUGGAGGACUACCUGCAGAGAGUCCGGAAGGUCAACUUUGACGUGUUCCACCCCGGCCUCCAGCACAGAAACCCGCUCCUCCCGCUCCUGCUGUACCUCCGCUCCUGGAAGAAGUCUUACUGACGUCACCACUCCUUCACCUCCUCCUGCAGGAGGUCAUCUGCAGGGUUUUU